AGUGUUGCACAAGUCGACGACUAAGGCUGCAUACCGCUAACACAUCAGUGCGAAGGAGCCUCAUCUAGGAAGUGUUCAACCUUUAACGGUUGUUGCUCACCAAAACAAACUACCGGAUUAAGGGCCAAACAUUUAAAAGAAUCAGACUGUUAGGGUUAAGCCAUGGCUGGACCUGUCAGUCUGGAGCUGGAUCCAAUCUUCCUCAAAGGACUGAGUUACCUGCACUCCAAGAGCAAAGACUCGGUGGAGAAACUCAAAGCUCUACUAGAUGAGUCGCUCUCCAGAGGAGGUGACUCAUUCUACCGUUCGUUGCAAAAGGACAUCGAGGUUUCCAAGGUGUCCAAGCUGAGCUUAAGUAAACAGGACUCGAAGUCCUCCUCCAGUUCCUCCUCCUCUUCCUCCAGCAGCAGCAGCAGCAGCACCAGCAGCAAAUCCAACUCUGAGAAAAGCAAGAAAGACUCUGAGAAGAGACCGGUCGAGAAGGUCAGGGUCGACUUGGUGGAGGUGGACCCUCCCAAAAAGCCUCGUUUGGAGAAACCGGAGAGUCGCUCUUCUCCGAUCACCGUUCAGACGAGCAAAGACCUUCUGCCCAACAUAAACGACUACGACGAGACCAACGCGGAUGACUUUGCAAUGGAAAUGGGCCUGGCUUGUGUGGUCUGCAGACAAAUGACGGUGACCAUGGGAAACCAGUUGGUUGAGUGCCAGGAGUGCCAUAAUCUGUACCACCAGGACUGUCACAAGCCACAAGUGACCGACAAAGAAGUCAAUGAUCCACGACUUGUGUGGUAUUGUGCCCGCUGCACCAGGCAAAUGAAACGCAUGGCCCAGAAACCUCCACAGAAGCCGUCCCCUGCAUCUGCAUCAUCAGCCCCUGUGGUCAAAGACACACUGGUGAAAAAGACCGAGCUUAAAGCCAAGCCUGACACAACCAGCACUUUCCAAGCCUUCAAAAGAACAGAAUUGAAGACAUCUACACCAUCAGCCAAUCCCACCAGCAGCAGCUCCGCCUCAUCCGGCAGCGGCCUCACAGGCUGGGCCGCAUUUGGCGCCAAGACGAGUCCGUCUCUCGCUGCCGUCUCCAAACAAGGAUCCUCGGGCCCGAGUGGGAGCCACAAGACCCUGACGGCUCCCUCCGGCCAGAAACCUGUCGGGCUGUCCGGCCUCGCAGGAGCCAAGUCGGCACCCGGUGGUGGUGGUGGUGGUGGUGCAAAGAUACCCGGAAGCGGCAACGGAAACGGCUCCAGCCAGGUGCCUCUAAAGCCGCCUCCACCGCUGACUCUGGGCAAGCAGCCUCUGAACCGCUCGUCGAGCGGUGAAGGCAAAGGGCCCGCCUCGUCGGGGGGCGGGUCCCCGAGCGGCGCGAGUGGAGGAGGGAACGGAGGCAGCAACGGAGGGGGUAACGGGAAUAACGGGAAUGGGUCCAAGGCGGCACCAGGGGACAAAGCGCCAACGUCCCAGGAGUCCCAGCUCAACGCCAUGAAACGGUUACAGCUGGUGAAGAAGAAAGCCGCGCAGAAGAAACUGAAGAAAUGAGCCGGGAGGGAAACCAGUUGAAAACUAAUGUGGAACUGGUGCCAGAGCAUUGACUGGAUUAAGAGUAGCCGUUCAUGAGUAACACCAUCCAGUCAAAUACUUGAAUCUUGCUUUGUGUGAAUGCUGCUGGACUGUGUACCUCGUUCUGUCUUAACACGUCGGUCCGUUGAAAAGGUGUCAUUUUUCAUCAUCAAAAAGAUUAAAUCUCUUCUUAGAAACGGG